GAAGCGGUUUCAGUUCGAUUCAGAAUCCACACGCGACGGUUAACAGCGCACGAUCCGAACGUUAGAAAAGAGAAAUUAUGAGUUGGCGCUCUGUGGAGAAUUUGAAAUUCCAUAUAAUCAUAGUAUUUCGCAAAGAUUUCUAAAUCGGAACGCGGCGCCGCCUUUUGUUUUGUGGUUUGAUCUGUCGUUCGCGCAAUAACGGCAAUCAAAUUUAAUUGGCAAAAGUAACGGAUAACUUGGCCGACGUACUUAAAUUCCGGUACUUGUGGUCUCCACCAUCGUCGACGACGACUUGUGGUCGAAACGAAAGCACCGUCAACGCAAGAGAGAAAUAUAAGAAAAGAAAAAAAAAUCAAAAGACUAAACUCAAUAUCGUGGGUGUUUUCACGUGUGAAAAACUGGCGCUUAAAAUAUCCCCACAAAAGGGUUAAUUGAAAUACAAAAAAAUUAAAACAGAAACAACAACAUAAUGAGUGCCACACGAAGAAGACGUAGCAGUUUCUUCUGCGCGAAUUCAACACUAUCAGCAACAACAGAAACAACAACAACAACAACAACAAUGAAAGCGACUGAGGUAAAAGAGAAAGAAGUCAGUGCAACAGCUGAAGUUGCAAUUACACAUGCACCAGCCAAAGAGAAACUUUCUCUGCCGUCCGCUGAUGAGGAUUUACUGAAUAUGCCACGAAUUUGCCGCUGCUGUUGCAAACGGGAUUUGGAAUUACUCGGCUUAUUCGAGGCGAGCCAACCAACAUUGGCCAACACAUCAGCAUCGAACAAAUCAUCGGGAACAUUAGCAAAAACAUGUGCGACAGAAGCAGAAACCGAAACUCGAGAGACAUUGUCCGCAAAUCCAGUAAAUCCAGGGACUAAAGCUACAUCAUCUCCAUCAGAAGCAGUAACACCAACAGCAACAACACCAACUACAGGAACAGAAACGGCAACGGCUACAACGUCGUCCGCAUUUUCGACCACACCCUCCGCAUCUACAUUCACAUCCACAUCCACAUCCACAUCCUCCACAUCUCCCGUGAGGCGUCGGACCACUUUUGCCACCACAAUGGCCACUGCUCCGCGUGGACGUAGCAGCGAUAAUGCCGUCGACUACACCCUCAGCGGAGCCCACAGCAGCAUGGACAUUGUCCUCGAGGAGAUGACCAUUUGGAUGCUCAAUAUAAAUCGCGACGAUGGACUGCCGCAAGAAAUCUGCCGGCAGUGCAUGGCCCAGUUUUUGAUGGUGGCCAAGUUCCGGCGGAAAUGUGUACGGAUGCAGCAGCGCCUGCAGGACUUUGCCCAGGAGAUAUCCGACCGCCAGACGGCCAGACAGGCCAAGCGUCAGCAAAAAGACCAAAAGAAGAGUCAGCACUAUAGACAGGAGGUGUCCACCAACCGAGAGCAAUCCGUGCGAAAACGCCGUAUGGUAUCGGAAUCGGAAGAAGAAUUCACCGGUGAAGCAGCUGUUGCAGUCAAACAGGUGCGAACGGAAUCAAAGGAUUUGCCACCGCCCAAAUCAAGUCCCGUGCAACAACGACUACGUAAGUUACGAACCUUCUCCAUCGGCUGUGUAAUGGAUGCCAGCAGUAUGCCCUGGAGGACGAAGGCUGCCAGGAAGCAGCUUUCGGAAACAUGGUUAUCCAGUCGCUCGCCACCAAAACGCUCCUCGCCACAGAAACUCACCUCACCAAAUCAUCAACGCAGCAGUGCCAGCAGCAGCGAACACACGAGCGAUCUUUCUGUUGGUCCAUGUUGUGGCUUCGAAAGCGACAGCAAUCCCUCCUCUACCUCUAGCACAGCAUCGAAAUCGAUGGUCAUCGAUAAGAGGAUGUCCCCGAAAGCAAAGCCUCCGUCACCAAUGAAUGAUUUGAUACCGCGUAGGGGUCGACGUCCACGGAAUACACCACUUAACAAUCCACCCAAAAGACAGAGAAGGUUUCUGGUCAGAAGAGAGUCUCAGAAGCGAAAGGUUAUGGCAGAAAGGGUUACCGAAGAGAAUAAAAAGUCUGAUCAAACGGAUAUUUUCCCGCCGGAAGAAAGGGUGGAAAACAGUGUCCAAUCUAUUGAUAGCACAUCCGACGUUCAAAAGGAAGUGCCGUGGAAUGCGAGCCCAACGGACUGCAAUGACAUCAACUCAAGUCGUUUCGACUAUGAGAUAAUCCAUUGUGAAAAGGAGACGGAAGUCAUUUUAAAUGACGUGAUAGAGGGUUUCAGCCAGACAACAGAUGCUAUAAAUGAGGAGUUAGUUAACGUAACUGCAGCUCCAAAUUCCUUAGACGUUGAGGAAGAACUGGCCAAACUGGAAACAAGACCCAUUAACGAGGCAUGUACGGGUGUUCCGAGUGAUGGGGAUAUGUCCGUCAAGGAAAUACUGGAACAUCUGGAAGCCUCUAGCAUAAUAGAAAAUUCAUCUGAUGAUCUUGCCGUUAAAAAGGACAUCGAAACCAUUUCGAACGCCAUCCAGGCUGAAGCUGACUUAGUACAAUCCGAGGAGUUGACCUCGUCCACCGAAUCCAGUGAAUCGCAGCCGCAAUUUAUUCUGCAACAAAUGGAAAUCAUAGAACAACAUGAAUCCAGUGAAUCUGUUGAUCAGCAGGAGAUGAUAGUAAGCAUACCGCUGGAGGUGCUAGAUGAGAAUUUGCAGCGUCGUCUUUGCGUGGAUCCGGAAACUGAGGAGCUCCUGGAGAGCGGCAGUGCCACGUCCAAGGACUGGCCCUUGCAACCUGAUGAUGUCAAUAACAAUGAGAAUGAUGAAAAUUUUUGCCAGAGUGCUACAGCAGAUAGCUUCAAUUCUGCUGUGGCACUCCGAAAUCAAGAAAUUGAAGCGAUACAAACGAGGGAAAUGGAUUCCGAUGAAACGGAUUCGUCUGACGUGCAGCCGGUGCGAUCUAGACCAACGCCCAUGGACUUUAUGGCCGAGUUUGCCAAGCACUGUGCGAACGGUGUUGAGCAGCUAAAGGCCACCACUCCAGCACCAUCACCCACUCCCACGGAUUUGCUGCCCCUUAACGAUCUGGAGGCCAAGCAGAAACUAGAAGUGGAGAUGAACGACGUGGAGACCACUCUCAAUGGCAUACUCAGCGAGAUGCAGGACCAGCACAUGUAUACCUCAAACUGUGCCCACAUUGAUGAGUUCCUUACUCCCGCCGAUUAUGCUCCAAUGACUGAACAAGAGACGUCCGUUUCAUCGCCGCCCAAUCCUUUCGAGCAGAGUCCUAUUGCUGAGCCUGAGCCCAAACCUAGUGCCAGCGAUGAUCCCUUUGAUAAUAGCAACUUUAGUAGCGAACUGAUUGGCUUCCAGAACGACAUUCCUUGCUUUGAGAAUAUUGAGACCACAACAGAGCAGGGACAGAAUUUGCAUUUAGAGCUAACCCAGUUCUUAAGGGAUCUUCAGCCGGCACAGCCGAUUCAGGAGCAACAGGAACAACUCGUCGGGACCGAAGCUGAGACACUGGAGACCGUCCAUAUUGAUGGCCAAGCCAACCUCCAAGUGCAGGAUGUCCUUCAGCCCCAAGUUGAGUCUGCAGAACAGUCUCCAAAUGAAUCUCCCAUAUCAUCGCCCCAAGUUCAGUCACAGAUUGAAAUCCAAAUGGAACCUGAAAUCGAGACUCAGAUGUCUCAGCACGAGAUCCUAACAGUGCAGUCUCCUCAGCAUCAGCCUCAAGUACAACCUCAUGACCAAUCUCAGAUGCAACUUCAAAUCCCACCGCAAAUCGAGCCUCACAUUCAAAUCCAAAACCAAGAGCACCAAACUCUUCAAAUCGUUCCGCAAGUUCAGCACCAAGUGAUACCCCAAGUGCAUCAUCCUCAGCUGCAACUUCAGUCGCAAGUGGUGCCCCAUGUCCAGACGCAGGGCACGACGACGACGGUCACCUAUGAACAGAUCUAUAAACAGCACAUUGUCCAGCAGACAGUGCAGCAAUCAUCCAACAAGAUGCAGGUCAUCUCGCUGCCCUCGGCUGGAUCCGAAACAAGGCAGUGGCAGACCCAACAGUCACAGCAACGACAGCAACAGGUCCAGUGGUCAUCGGUGGGCGGACUGGAGGCCAUAAGGAGUGCGCCGACGGAAAGAGUUGCACCCACAACUACCACAUACUACAUCAAUGCCAGCGAUCUGUAUCCCCAGCAGAACGAAACUUUCACUAUGCUACAGCCAGCCGGCAAUGACAGCUACAUGAUAGAACAGGUGAACCAUCAGCAGCAGCAGCAGCAGCAGCAGCAACAACAUCGCCAGCAGCAACAGCAAAUUCAGCUAGCCCAGCAGCAACAUCUUCAGGCGCAACAACAACCGAUUAUGAUACUUAUCCAGCAGCCGGAGUCUCAGAAACCGGUGGCCUCGUCUAGCAAUCCUCAGCAGGCACCGAUGCAUAUCUUCGGUGCUAACAUCGGCAACAAUGCCCAACAACUUCAGCACACGCAAAGCCAACAGAUACGACAGCAAUUCCAACGACAGCAGUAUCAAGCUUUGCCGCAACGAAAUCGCCUGGUACAAAGCCAUCCAGUAUUGGGAAUGCCGGGAGCAACAUCCAUAUCCACCAAAGUUACCCCCAUUCCCGUCCCCACACCCAAGGGUCGGGCGCUGACGCUCAAGUGCCGCUUCUGCCACAAUGGACCGCGAUUCUCCAGCAGCCUGGAGUACAGCCGACACAUCAUCGAUCUGCAUCCGGCGGUGGCACCAUUCAACUGUCCACACUGUCCCGUGGCCUUUGCCAGCAGGACAAAGCGAUCACAGCACAUCCUUAGCCACCAUGUGGUGCAGCAGUAUCAAUGCGGUCAAUGCCCCCAAGUGUUCCCUUCCCAGAAGGCUUUGGACGCGCACAUUCAGCGGAUUCAUAUGCAAUUGCAGAAAGACCCUACUCCAGUGAAAUUGGACGAUGUCCAGCUCGAGAUCACCAACCAACGAAAGCGGGGUAGGCCGUAUAAACCACGGUUGCAACAGCAACAACAUCAACUACAACCACAACAGCAGCAGCAGAAACAAGUGCAGCAACUGCAUCAACCGCAACAGCAGCAGAAACAAGUGCAGCAUCAACCACAGCAACAACAGCAGCAGCAGCAACAACAGCAGCAGCAGCAACAACAGCAGCAGCAGCAACAACAACAGCAGCAGCAACAAGUGCAACAGCAACAGCAACAGCAGCAGCAACACGUGUUGGCAGUGCAGCAAGCACAGCAACAACCGUUAAUGCAGCCACAGUCGCCCCAUCCAUCAACCAUGGAAAUCCAAGCAAGCCCAACCACACCACGGAAGAUUCUCUGUUGUCCAGAUUGCGAAGAUUGUACUUCCGGCCAUCAUGGCAGCGAGCACUUUGAGGAGUUGCCGUCGGUGCAGGCUCCACCAACGGUGUUGACUCCGCCUUCUACAAUUGUCUCUGCACCUUCGCCUCAGCCUAUGAUGUUUUCGCAGCACAUAACAAUGCCCUCGCCGGAACAAUCCGAGCCAGAUUCCACGACCACGUUGCGACAGUAUCGUAAGCGUGGUGUUAUUGUAGGGCCACAGGGCCCAUUGCAUGUGGCCACGCCAGUAGCAUCACCAUCACCGUCAUCGUCGCCCUCCUCGUCGACUGUGGAUCAUGCGCCGCCAGCUUCCCCAGCUCCGCCUGCUUCUCCAGCUCCGCCUCCAUCGCCCGCUCCACCGUCCAUGGUGCAGUUAAACGACCUGCGGACGACCCAUCAGUGCCUGUACUGCGAGGAUCGAUUCACCAAUGAAAUAGCACUGAAGAAGCACCAUCAGCUGGCCCAUGGAUCUCAGGCGACGAUGCCGUUUGUGUGCACCAUUUGCAAGCGUGGCUAUCGCAUGCGAACGGCGCUACAUCGGCACAUGGAGUCGCAUGAUGCUGAGGGACGACCCUAUGAGUGCAACAUAUGUCGCGUACGAUUCCCGCGACCAUCGCAGCUGACGCUGCACAAGAUCACGGUGCACCUGCUCUCGAAGCCGCACACCUGCGACGAGUGUGGCAAACAGUUUGGUACAGAGAGUGCCCUAAAGACGCACAUUAAGUUCCAUGGUGAGCUUGGUUACCAGUGCGACGGUUGCGAUCGGACAUUCGAGUAUCUCAAAGAAUUGCGCAAGCAUCGUCGCACCCACAGCGAGAUGUUUUACAAAUGCAAGUUUUGUCCAAGCUCCUUUAUGCGUUUCACAAGUUUUCGGGCGCACAUGAACACCCAUUUGCCCAUGGGCGUAUUUCUCAACGAGGAAGCCGCAUCAAAGUCACCCAGCAACAACACUAGCAACACGAACAGCAGCGAUAAGCUGGAGAAUCCACCCACACCCAUCGAAGAGACACCAUUGACACCGAUGAGCAGUGGCGGACACGUGUACAACAGUCUAGACGAAUACCCCAAUUCGGUGGAGAGUUGUGCUGGCAACAGCCUGGCCCAGGAAACUAUUGCCGCAACGCCAUAACAAAAGGGGUCGGCUUAUUAUUUAGUGUACAAUGCUUUAGUUUUAACUACUCACAAGAAACCUAGCCAAAAAAAAACGGCGCCUUCCUACAAUAUUGCCACAUUCAGUGGCAAAUAGCUUCCAUUCUUCUAAUUGGAGAGCCAAGAAAUGAAUAACAGUUAACUCUUAAUUGACCAGAACCAGCAGACUGCAUUGAAUGCAAUCCCAUAUUGCACUUAAAACAUAUAUUAUGAUAUCUAGAGACUAAGCCAAGGAUACACUCCCUCAGAAACACAAAUCUUAAGGCUACAAAAUAAUAAUAUAGUUCUUAAGAUAGUUAGAACCUAUACAUUCAUGCAAUGAAACUAAUUGGAAUAAAUAAACAAAGGUUAGCUUUAGUCCAUAGACAUACCUAUUGCUGAUUUCCGUUCCCAGUUAAACAUAUUUUUUGAUGAGCGUUUAAUGAAAAUAUUAGAACUAAGUACCUAGACUUACGUAAUGUACCAAGCAGCACUAUAACAUAUGGUUAUUAACACAUUGGUAUAGAAUUUAAACUGACAAUUGAGAGUGAGUAAAAACCAGCUCAAAUCGAUUUUAGUUCCAUUAUAUUAUUGUAAGUUGCUUCAUUGAAAUGAAACACGGCAGAGUUGAAGUAGCCUAUACAGAUAUUUUUUCUUUUUAUUUAUAAAUUAUGUAAUAAACAAAAUAUGCGAUCCAA